AUGGCAAGGCAAAAUUUCGUGGGACUUGUGGUUUCACAAGGGAAAAUGAAAAAGACUGUAAAAGUUAGAGUUCAAACCAAAACUUAUGACAAGUCGGUCCACAAAGAAGUCGUAAAUAGAAAGGACUAUUUGGUACAUGAUCAAGGUGAACUUUGUAAAGAGGGAGAUAUCGUUCGAAUAGAAGCAAUCCCCAAAAUUUCAGCCAGAAAAUAUUUCGCUAUCGCAGAAAUUAAAGUCAACAAGGGUCAGCAGUUUGCACUUUACGAAAAAUUGGCUAGUGAAAAGGUAGAACAAGAAGAACAGCUGCAGAUCACAAAGUUCUUCGAAAGAAGACAGGCAUUGGAAUCUACAAUCACCCAUAUCGAUGACUUGAGAUCGUUGGAUAAAUUAGCCAUCACAUUCCAAAACGAUCCCUCUGCGGAUAGGCAAGCACUUUUAGGUGAAAUCAACAGAAUUAAGCUGAAAUACGAUAUUAAAUCUUGGCCCUCAACUGAGCCAAUCUUGAAGUUGGAAAUCAGAGAAGAAUCUAAAGACUUAAGUGUGUUGGAACAUAGAGUGGAGAACAUCAAGGUGAUCUUAGAAAAGUUAUUUUCCGAGGCCGAGUACAACGGUGUUAAAGACGAACUCUUGACCAAGUUGAACGUCGUAGACAAACCAAAACCAAUCCAAAAGAACAUAGUAAGGAAGUACAUUCUUAACCCAAAGAAUGAAUGCCCCAUACUGUUGUAG